AUGGAUGACCUGAACCUUCACUACAGAUUCCUGAACUGGAGACGGAGAAUUCGAGAGAUCCGCGAGGUGCGGGCAGUACGUUACCAGGAGAGGGCCAAGCAUAUUAUGGUAGACGGGGAUACCCUCAGUUACCACGGAAACUCUGGGGAGGUUGGCUGCUACGUUGCUCCUCGACCACUAAGUAAAGACAAUAAUUACUUUGAGGUGUCUAUUGUGGACCGUGGCGUUCGGGGGACAAUCGCUGUUGGACUAGUGCCACAGUAUUACAGUCUGGAUCACCAACCAGGUUGGCUGCCGGAUUCCGUGGCCUAUCAUGCGGAUGAUGGCAAAUUGUAUAACGGGCGAACAAAAGGCCGACAGUUUGGAACAAAGUGCAGUUCAGGGGACCGAAUUGGUUGUGGUAUAGAACCAAGCUCUUUUCAUGUCCAAACUGCUCAAAUUUUCUUCACGAAGAAUGGGAAAAGGGUUGGCAGCACUGUGAUGCCAUUAUCUCCUGAUGGUCUUUUCCCAGCAGUGGGCAUGCAUUCUCUAGGGGAGGAAGUUCGUCUUCAUCUAAACGCAGAGCUUAGUGAGGACGAUGACAGCAUCAUGAUGGUGGACAGUUACGAGGAUGAAUGGGGCAGGCUGCAUGAUGUUAGAGUAUCUGGCACUCUCCUGGAGUAUGUUGGAAAGGGUAAAAGUAUUAUAGAUGUGGGUCUGGCCCAGGCUCGGCGCUCUCUUAGCACUCGCAGUCAUUACUUUGAAGUGGAGAUUGUGGACCCAGGAGAAAAGUGUUAUAUAGCUUUGGGGCUUGCAAGAAAGGAUUACCCAAAGAACAGACACCCAGGCUGGAGUCGUGGUUCUGUGGCUUAUCACGCAGAUGAUGGAAAAAUAUUUCAUGGAAGUGGCGUUGGUGAUCCUUUUGGGCCUCGUUGUUACAAAGGUGAUAUCAUGGGAUGUGGAAUUAUGUUUCCAAGGGGGACUAUAUCCUGGACAGUGAAGGAGAAAGUGAUGACAGUAGUGACAUGAAGGAACUCAGGCUACAGCCACGUGGUGUUCGGAAUGUCAUGUAUCUCUGGAGAGAACAGCAGCAGGAAGAGGACGGGGAAGAAGAGGAGGAGGAGGAAGAGGAGGACAUUGAGAGGGAUCAUGAGGGCAGGAAAGUGGUGGUUUUCUUCACAAGGAAUGGAAAGAUUAUCGGCAAAAAGGAGUCCAUUCUGCCUCAGGGCGGCUUCUAUCCAACCAUAGGAAUGCUGAGCAGUGGGAGAAGGUGAAAGUGGACCUCCACCCACUGAGUGGGUGA